AAAAAUAUGAGUAACAUGGCCAUAUCUCCUGUACUAACUAAUAAUUUUCCAUUAAAACUUCACACGGAGCGUUGGAUUCGGACACGGUUCCCUCCCUUUCACCCGACACGUGGCGUCUUACGCAGCGGCAAUUGCGUCAUCACAGCGACGUCGUCUAACCAUCCCCUCAUUCUUUAUUCCCCCAAGGGCGGCCACCAUCGAUCAAUUCAGUGUUUGAAGCAACCCUCCCUCCUCCCCCCUCCUGGUGGAGGAGCUUUUAGAGAGAAGAAAUCUUCAGAGGCGGGCUCUGAAUCCGAAGUCAUCGGAUAUAUUCCGCGUGUGGUGUUGGUAGUGGUGGAGGUUGGUGGUUUUGCGAUGGAGUGGUGGCACAAGAUGAUGUUUCCUAUCCAAAGACUUUGGAUCGUUGUUGCCAAGCGUCUUGGGAUUCGCAAAAGCGGUUCUUCAGAUUUGUAUUUUGAAAACCGGCAUGAAAUGUGAAAUAGAGUCACUCAAUUUCAAAGGAGGCCCAAUCAUUCUUUAUGUUUGGAAAAAGUGUGAAUCUGAAUCAAUUCACUUGAUCGCCUUCAUGUGUCUGGAUAAGGUAUCUGGUCUGGAAAAUUUUCCAAUUGUGUAUUGCUCAUAAUAACUUUUCAUGUUAUGAAGUUGUUGGUUCGUAUAUUUGUAAAUUGUAUAUAUAUAUUUUUUGUUAAUUUGUAUUUGGCUCUCAACCGACUAAUUCAGGGACUAAUCACACCGUCCACUAUCGGGGCCCAAUUAAAGCUGGGUAAAGUCUCGUAUGAAUUGGCUCCAAGAAAUUGUUUGAAAACCUAUAUGUUGUGUUUGGUUGAGGAAUAUGGGGGGAGGAAUUUGGAAAAGAAAAGGGAAAAAGUGAAUGAAACUAAAUGAAAUUUAAGUAUAUUUUAUUUAUAUUUUACCCACCUUUUCUAUUUCUCUUUCCAAAUCCCUCCUCAAAUCUCCCAAUCAAACAUAACAAUAAGGUUUUAAACCUGAGAUCAAAUUCCCCAACCAAACACAGUAAUAAGAUUUUGAACCGGAGAAUUUGGAGGGAACAUACCCCAAGCUCCAAGCAAUCCCUUGGGGCAUAUUGCCAGUCAUUAUUUCUUGUGUUGAUCUUAAUUAUUAUUAGGUAGAUAGUAGUCAUGACUAGUUGAUUGGUUCAAAAUUUAUCUUCUUUGUUCAUGGAUAACUGAUGAAAAUCACUUUAAUCAGUUUAAUUACAUAAAACA